UAGAAUUCGUUAAUACAAUAGAUAAUAACAGAUAUUUGUUGCAAAAUUGAUGUACCUAAUCUGAUGGAUGGUGUAAUUUUGAUAGUCAUUCAACUAAUUGGAAGUGGUAGUCCAUCAUUGGACUAGAAUAAUCUCAAAUGUUAAGAAGAAUUAUCAAGGACUACUUUGUUAUACCAAAUGUUAGUAGGUGGCCAGUUAUUUGUUCAUCUUCAGAGUAGUGUUCGGUUGUGGGUUACUCCUAGAUAGAUUGAAACGGAUUUGAUAAUGAAGAAUAUUAUUCAGAUUUAUAUAUUCCUUAUGGCUAGUGUAAUAGUGAUGUCCGCACCUGUCCAAAAUGAUGCUGAUGCAACUAUUACAAGCUCCACAUACGAAUUGAACGAAAAUGGGUAUUUUUUUGAAUAUUCAACAAGCAAUGGUAUAACAAGAAGAGAAACUGGAGUGUACUUCAAAAAUGGUAGUGCAGAUGACGAUCUCAUUUUAAGAGUUACUGGCACAUAUUCUUACUUAGAUGAAAAAGGAGAGUAUCAUGAAGUGAACUAUGAAUCGGAUGAAAAUGGAUUUUCGCUUAAAAAGGCAGCCAUUUUUGCAGUUUCUUCAGGGGUCGCUUUUUCAGAAAAGGAAUAUGGAAGAAAGGGAAUUUCUUCUGCUGCAUUAGCUUCAUUGAGUGGGUGAUCAAAAAUUCUCAAAUGUUGUACCUAAUGAAAAACUGAAAGAAAA